AUGGCCUCUUCUAUUCCCAUCCCCACCAUCGACCGGCCGUUUGGCAUCGAGCUAUGGCCCUACUUCAGCAAGGCCUUCGAGAUGGUCGCGGGCUACCCGGCUGAGGACUUCAGGUUCAAGGUCGGCGAGACCCCCAUGUCGACCCUCAAGGAGACGGGCAUUUUCAUUGUCAUCUACUACAUCAUCAUCUUCGGCGGCAGGGAGCUGAUGCGCAACCGCGAGCCCUUCAAGCUCAAGGCGCUCUUCCUCAUCCACAACUUCUAUCUCACCGCCAUCAGCGGCAUCUUGCUCGUGCUCUUCAUUGAGCAGCUUCUGCCUACCGUCGUCCGAGGCGGCAUUUUCCACGCCAUCUGCCACGUCGAGGGCGGCUGGACUCAGCCCCUUGUCGUCCUUUACUACUACCUGGAGCUGCUCGACACCGUCUUCCUGUUCCUCAAGAAGAAGCCCCUGACCUUCCUCCACUGCUACCACCAUGGUGCUACCGCUUUCCUCUGCUACACUCAGCUCAUCGGCUCUACCGCUGUCUCCUGGGUCCCCAUUACCCUCAACCUGACUGUCCACGUCGUCAUGUACUGGUACUACUUCCAGUCCGCUCGUGGCAUCCGCAUCUGGUGGAAGGAGUGGGUCACUCGCCUCCAGAUCAUCCAGUUCGUCAUUGAUCUUGGCUUCGUCUACUUCGCCUCAUACACGUACUUCACCUCGACCUACUUCUCCUGGAUGCCCAACGCUGGCAAGUGCGCCGGUGAGGAGUUUGCUGCUUUCGCCGGCAUCGGUACCCUGAGCUCGUACCUGGUCCUCUUCAUCUCGUUCUACUUCGCCACCUACAAGAAGGACCGCAAGGCCCCGACCGCCCGCAAGUCGCUUCGCCGUAUGAGCCAGGCUCCUCUCCCCGACCCUCAGGACCUGAUCCACGGCCACAUUACCCACCAGGAGGCCACCCCUGCCAAGACAACGGGCGCCAAGGUCAACGGCUCGACUCCCCGCUCCCGCAAGGCGUAA